AUGAUCUUGGGCCUGAACUUCAGUCGUAAAAUGAGGCGGUUUGCUCGGUCUUGUUUGGUAGCAUGUACUUUAUUCUUUCUAAUGAGGAAUACUGUUGUAAAACUUUCUAAAACAGUUGAAGAUUUAAGAGAUUUUGAAUCGUGGACAGCUGUACCGCCGGGAGAAUCGUCAGCAGUACAAAAAACAUUUGUCGAUCCAUAUCGGUUCAAUUGGACACUAUUAGAGAGAGAUUUCUGUACAGCAAACAAAGUGCCUACCAGGUAUUUGAUAGUCAUGUACACAGCAAUCAAUGGUUUUAAGAGGCGAGAGGCAUACAGACGUAUGUACGGAGAUCUAUAUCUUCAAAAACUGGGUGUUCGCCUCCUUUUUAUUCUCGGAGCAUCUCGAAACUAUUCAGUUGAGAAAUUGGUGCGAAAAGAAUCUUUGCUUUAUCAUGAUAUUAUUAAACAAGAUUUUCUUGACACUUACUAUAAUGUACCGUGGAAGGUGAGGUAUAUUAGCAGAGCAGAAUAUCCGAACGAUUAUUAUAAUGACUACUGCGCUGGAUUGACAAUCAUAAUUCCUGUGCAACUAGUAAAAAAAAUGUUUGAAGCUUCUAAAAAUGCUACUUAUAUCAAAUUUGGUGACUACUUUUUGACUGGAGUGUUGGCAACAAAAGUUGGAGUAAGAUUCAAAGACUUUUCAACUAAAGCAUUUAAUCACAAAUUCAAAAGAAAUCGAUCAGCUUUCCUGCAUAAAAGAAUUUAUUUCCAAGCGACUGAAACUAUUGAACAAGCCGAGGAAAUGUGGAAUGAACUGAGAUACAAGUAUAGCUCAGUAUAA